AUGCACAGAAGAGUAGCUCAAACAGUUGCUGCAGUGUUACCUCACAGGGCAAGUCAACGCCCAUGGGAUCCAGACUCCGAGGCGGGUGAAAUUGCGGCUGAAAGCCCUGAGGGUCCGACCUUGGACGACAACGCUUAUACUGACCUUGGUUUUGCACGUAUGAGUUCACCAGUCGAUAGUAUUGCGAGCGGCCCCAGGAGUAGUCCUGACGCGCCACAGGAAGAGCAGGACGGCGCCGACGACGACAACGACGACGUUGAGUGGGAGUUGCAAAAUAAUGGAUUAUAUAUCGGUUCCUACUUUCGAGUACUCUUGUUGAAUGCUUGCGUUCCUGUUUUCGCAGUCGUCACCUUCGCUGUCCUAGCACUCCUGCCCGACUUGGCCUGGCCCAUAGCAGAUUUCCCUUCUACAUACCCAGCAUCUUUCCCCUUUCCAUUACCUGAAAUACUUCUUUCUAGCGCAUUCUUCAGUCAAGCCCAUCUCCUUCGCGUCCCUCUCUUCUCAUUCGCAUCCCUCCUACUCCCCGCAGAGUCUGCAUGUCUUGCAUCCACAUUCCUCCAUGUCCUCAUCACAAACGGCCUUCGUCUCGCAGCUCUCGCAAUCCUGCAAGUCAGGCACACAAUGGAUUAUCCCAUCCCCACUUGCCAGGACCCUGCAUUCCGCACCGUAUGGUGGCUUUCACUCAAUUUUGCAGAAGUGCUUGCUGCCAUAGUACAGGGGUACCAACAGCUCGCUCUCUACCGCGAUGUCAUGGUCCCAGAAGGACGAGAAAUUGAGUUCCUCGAGCGUCUGAAAUCUGGGUCUCUCGACGAAACAGUAGCGUAUUCACCAGAACAGGAGGCAUUCGAAGAUGAAUUGGAGGACGGAGAGGCCCGAAGCGUGGAAUCACGGAUCGAUCGUGGGGUGGAGAAGUUGCUUGUAAUAAAGAUGAGAGAGGAACUCGAAGAGGUCUACGGGCUUCCUGUCAUCAAAAUCCCAGUCAUCAUAUCGUGCCUCCAGCGCUUCAACUCCAUCAUCCUAUCUAUAGGCCUAAACCUCCUCCUCUCCGCAGCCUACCUCCGCUCCCCGCUAUCCAUCCCCACAUCAGACCAAUUCUCCAUUCGGUCCUACAUCAGCUCACACGUGCCCUUCGUCAUCACCACCCCCCUAGUGCUACUCCUCCACGCAUCCCUCGCAGCGCUGCACACACCAGCGGUACUGCCUCGUAUAGGCGUGCACACCGCUGCGUAUGUAGGCGUGUUGGUAGGCAUCAUGAGCUUCUUCGCGGGGUUGGCUGUUUGGGGCGCGUUGUCGUGA